AUGUGCACGUUCCCCAAUUCUUGUUUCCAAAUCAAAAACCUAGACAAAAUCGACGAUCUCCUCUCCCUCAACAUUCAGAAAGAGACGACGACAAGAGCAGCAGACGUUUCGUCCGUGCCCUUCCUCCUCCUCCUCCUACUUUCCUUACGCUGCUGGCUGUGUAAGAAACAUGUCAGUUCUUAUUGUGACAAGUCUUGGGGACAUUGUCAUUGAUUUGUACUCCACUAAAUGCCCUUUGACUUGCAAGAACUUCCUCAAGCUCUGCAAGAUCAAGUACUACAAUGGGUGCCUCUUCCACACUGUGCAAAAGGAUUUCACUGCUCAAACUGGUGAUCCUACUGGUACUGGACUUGGCGGUGAUUCCAUCUACAAAUUGCUGUAUGGUGAGCAGGCUCGCUUUUUUAGAGAUGAGAUUCAUCUCGAUUUAAAACACUCCAAAACUGGCACUGUUGCUAUGGCUAGUGGUGGAGAGAAUCUCAAUGCUUCCCAGUUUUAUUUCACACUUCGUGAUGAUCUAGACUAUCUUGAUGGGAAACAUACAGUGUUUGGGGAGAUUGCUGAGGGGCUUGACACGCUGACUAGGAUAAACGAAGCUUAUGUUGAUGCCAAAAACAGACCUUAUAAAAACAUUAGAAUCAAGCACACUUAUAUACUUGAAGAUCCCUUUGAAGAUCCCACACAACUGGCUGAGAGGAUACCAGAUGCUUCCCCGGAAGGAAAACCCAAGGAAGAGGUUGAAAUUGACGUGCGUCUUGAAGAUGAUUGGGUUCCCAUGGAUGAACAACUUGAUGUUCAUGAACUGGAGGAGGUUAUCCGUGAAAAAGCUGCUCAUUCUAGUGCUGUUGUACUUGAAAGCAUAGGAGAUAUCCCAGAGGCCGAGGUCAAGCCUCCUGAGAAUGUACUGUUUGUCUGCAAAUUGAAUCCUGUGACUGAGGAUGAGGAUCUGCAUACCAUUUUUUCACGCUUUGGCACUGUUAUAUCGGCUGAUGUAAUCCGGGAUUUCAAAACCGGUGACAGUUUGUGCUACGCUUUUAUAGAGUUUGAGGAAAAGGCGGCAUGCGAACAAGCAUAUAACAAGAUGGGGAAUGCUCUGAUAGAUGAUAGAAGAAUACAUGUGGACUUCAGUCAGAGUGUAUCCAAACUUUGGUCACAGUUCCGGCAGAAAGAUUCACAAAAGGGUAAAGGAGGGAAUGGAUGUUUCAAAUGUGGGUCGACGGAUCAUGUAGCCAAGGAUUGUGUGGGUGGUGGUAAUCAGGGUUCAAAGUUCAUCGUAAAAGACCAAAACAGACAGCACGGAGGAGGUGAAGGGUAUGAUAUGGUGUUUGAGGGAGAUAUAGCUGAAAGGCCCAAGAGGGAGAAGAGAGAGCAUAGUCAUGACAAGGACAAGAUUCGGAGCAGAAGUCCUCGUGGCUAUGGUGAAGGCAAAAGACAAGAGAAAGAUGAACCCGAGGACAAGGAAGCUAGUAAGUACAAUGGUAGAAGACAUAAUAGGGAAGAGGAAAGAGAAAGGGAGAGGAGGUAUGAUGAUGGUGGGGGUAGGGAGAAGAAACACAGGGAGAGAGAGAGUAGGGAAGAUGAAGAGAGGAGAAGAAGAAGACGACGCCACGAAGAGAUGAGAGACGAUCGUGGGAGUGAGAGAGAGUAUAAGGGAAGGAGAAAAUGAGAGAAGGGAUAGGUGAAAUGCAAUCUUGUCAUAAACUAGCUUUGAAUUCCAUGGAACUGAAUGCUUUUCAAAAACUUUUGCAGACAUGUAUAUGUAUUGUAUGGAUCCUUUUUUUUUUUUUUUGAUUAUUCAAACUCCCUCGAGUGUUGUGUGUGA